AUGAGGCUACACAGAUACUUACUUCUACCUACCACCUACCUCCUGCUUCUGCCUCACACAUCCCCACCCCCCCUACACCGCACUUCAUUAUCCGAACCUAUCGUAACCUCCCAACAUGCAAGACAGGUUUGA